GCUGGCAGCGGCGUGCCCGCGCUCAGUGUGUGUACGACCACCGCAGUGCCCCUCUCGCAAGUGCAUCAGCAUCUUGUUCCUGUCUGUGAGGGGGAUAGACUUCUAACCAGCAUGGAUAAGCCGGACUUGUACAACCUCGGGUGUGCUCCCCUCACGCUGCUGGCCGCCAAACAGGUUGACGAGCUGUGGUCGGCCUUCACGUGGCCGAGGCAGCCACUGCCGGUGCUCGACAUUGGCUGCGGGCCCGGUGACGUCGCCAGGAAGGUUUUAGCCCCGCGGCUGCCACCGGGUACGAAGCUGGUAGCCUGCGACCUCAGCCCAGAGAUGCUGGAGUUCUGCAGGCAGCACAACGCACUGCCAGGCACCAUCACGUACGAGCAGCUGGACGUGGUUCAGCCCGACCUGGAGAACUCCGCCGUGUGGCAGUACGCGCCCUUCGGCAAGGUGUUCUGUUUGUUGCUGCUGCAUUGGGUGCCCGACAACAGGCGCGCUGUCCAGAACAUUCACAAGCUGUUGGUGCCUGGAGGAGAGGCUGUCUUCAGCAUUAUAGUUAACAUGGUGUUUUACACAGCGUUUGAAGAAAUGGCGAAAGACUCGCGUUGGGCGCGGUACAUGCAGGACGUGGAGCAGUUCGUAUCUCCGUACCAGCACAGUGAGGACCCAGAGAGCGACUUCCGCCAGCUGCUGCAGAGUGAGGGCUACCAGGUGCUGCGCUGUGACGUCGCGCCUCAGGUGCUCUUCUUCCCGAGUGAGAUGCGGCGUAGAGAUUUUCUGAAGUCAGUAUGUCCAUUCCUGAACCGAGUUCCGGAAGACCAGAAGGAUAAUUUCUUAGAUGAUUGGCUACAGCGUAUGGAGAAACUGAAUGGAUUAUCAAAGGACGUUGGAAGCAGUGAAGAGCCGAAAUACUACACCCACUUUAAAAUGAUGGUGGCUAUGGCCAAAAAACUGUAAUUGCAGUUUUGCACCACCGCUUGAACAAGAAACAAUAUUUAAUAACGGAAAUGACAAACAACACAGAGCACAGACGGAAUUCCCCGGCUAGUCUGUUGUUAACAGAGAAUUAAAUUAUAGACAUUUAUAUAUAUCUUCCAGUAAACUAUCUAUUUGGAAAAGCCUCUCAGGUUUAAAUGGCACUAUAAGAGUAUCCUGAUCUGUACAGUUUUGACGAUACUCCUGUCAAAGACAUUCCAACUGUGCUAGGAUUUCGUUUUUAAUUACCAGGAUGUGAACAUGACGCUCCUUUGCUCCCUUAAUUCGUUGGCUUCUCUCUCACUUUAACAUCAGGGCCAUAAAUGAUUCGUUUCGCACCUCUGUCGAAAUGAAGAACUACUAAAGGUUUGCUGCUAUAGUAUAAACACCAACAGAAGUGUAAGCAUAAAGCUUACCAACCGAACGGAGUGAAGUAACCGAACAGAGAGACUACUAAAGGUUUGCACCUUUAGUUGUUCUUCAUGUCGACAAGGGUGGCAAAAGGUAAUAUAUUGUUAAGAAGAGUUGUAAUUUAUACCUUCACUGGUAUUCACUGAGAGAUGCAGCUCAGAUAAUUACGAAAGGUGUUACUAUUGGAUACUUUAUCUCAUGGCAAAUUUUGUGAACCCUGCAAUACCAACAAUGCCACAAGCAGAAAGUUUACCCCGCAAAUAGUGUGAACUAAAAGGGCGUGCUGAAAAGUAAUGUCUCCGAUUUUCUAUGUGAAAACUCUUACAACUUUUUAAAUAAUCCAACCUUAUUAAGAUAAUGCAUCUUCAUUUCUCGUGCCUACACAUUUAUUUCUGAACGUAGGCACCCUGGAGAAUAACACAUUUCUUCCAACGAGGGACAUGUUUGUUAAUAUCGUCACUGCAGAAUGUUUGACUUAGUAGACGGAGCCACGCCAUCACCUCUGGUGGCACUGCUUCAUCCCUAUCAAAUUGAAAUCCUCAAAGGUGUUCUUCAAGGUUUUGAAACAGCUGGAAACUGGAUGGAGCCAAGUCGACAUUGUAUCGAGGAUGGUCGAUGACGGUGAACCAAAGACUUUUGCAGAUGUCGCAGCGCUCGUGUGUGGUCUGGCAUUGUCGUGCUGAAGGACAGGGUGUUCGAUAUGCGGACAAACUCUUGGAAUUCGAGUUUUCUGGUUUCUGAGUGUCUCGCAGUACACUGACAGUGUUAUGUUAUACAUCGCCAUGAUGCAUUCUAUAGUUUGGAGCCCUCUGGCGGCAGAGGGUUGCAACUUGCGUCAGCGAUGCGGAAAAGUCUACCGGCUAAUACCAUUGUCAUGUAACAGCCGAUAUUGAAAACAAAAUAAAAAAACGGAGGCAUUACUUUUCAAGGCGCCUUCGUAAUCGGACAGUGUGGUAUUUUAAGUUAAGGGCCGAUCAGAAAAGCAAUCUUCAGCGAAGCAUAUCUAAAUGUUUGCAGAGUGGGCAGUAGUGGCAUGAAUUUAUUUAGGUUUGUGAAGAAAGUGCAACUAGAAAACUUAAAGUGCCUACAUUUCUAAGUAGAAUAAGAUGGAGAAGUGUCACAAAGGAAAAUGACGUCAAACCAGUGCAUUUACAUUAUCGCAAAUAAUGUAAC